CUGUACACUGCUCACCUGGCUGCUCACACAGAGGAAGGAUUCCAGGGAAAGCCAUGGAGACCUCAGGACCCUCCUCCCCAUCUCAAGACACCAGUCGCGUCCACAGAGGAUCAGAAGAUGUAGACUAUGGAGAAGCGGAUUUCCACAAGCCAGAUGGGAAGGCAGGACUCCUUUCCCCAGAGCAAUAUGAGAGAGACAAGUCCUCCUCUUCGUCUUCCUCCUCCUCUUCCUCUUCGUCAUCUUCCUCCUCCUCCUCUUCAGAGAGCAGUGAUGAGGACGGGCAUCCCAGAGUUCCCGGGAAACGUCGCAGGGACUCCCCACCUGGUGCUGGCCGUGGGGAGCUAGACGUGGUGAAGGAUGAGCUGCAGCUCUCUGGAGAUGCUGCAGGAGAAAUGGUGCUCUCUGGAGAAUCAGGACUUGGAAAGAGAGGCUCGGUCUCAGCAAGUGGAGAAGCCGAGGCCUCUCAGUUAAGAAGACUGAACAUAAAGAAGGAUGAUGAGUUCUUCCACUUCGUCCUCCUCUGCUUUGCCAUCGGGGCCUUGCUGGUGUGUUAUCACUACUAUGCAGGUAAGGACCCUGGGGAGGGGUUGCACGGGGAGGUGUGGGGACAGGGCAUCCCGGCCUGCAGACUGACCAUUCUCUCUCUCACUGCCCUCCCAGACUGGUUCAUGUCCCUUGGGGUUGGCCUGCUCACCUUCGCCUCCCUGGAGACCGUGGGCAUCUAUUUUGGGCUUGUGUACCGGAUCCACAGUGUGCUGCAGGGCUUCAUCCCUCUCUUUCAGAAGCUCAGGAUGCUGGGGUCCAGGAAGACAGACUGAGGUCACUGCCAGGUGGGCAGCCGAGCCAGGCCCCAGUCUGACCACCACCACACCCCUGAGCCCAGAGGACACAGCAGCAUGCUGGCGGCACCGGGGAGGCCAAGCCAGUGCAAUAAACGGAGCU